AUUGCAAGAGCCAGAAGAAGCCAAGACCGCAUGCGCAGUGUGCACGGACAAGAGUCAACCUGAGUACUACCGCUUCAGGAAGAGAAUAUAAGAGCUGGCUAGGGAACAUUGCACUUGCUGAACUCGUACCGAACCAUGGCUUCACAUGACAUAGCUGAUGUUCCAACGCUACAUAUUGCCGGCUAUGAGCUUGACCGGAGCCUGGCGCUAUCUAUCAUCUUGGUGCUGGUCCUGGCCGCUCUCCAGCUAGCCUGGCCAACCGUCAAGCUCUACUUUGAACAACGUGGUCGGGGCACUGCAGUGCCAGUCAGAGAAAUGCCCAUCAUCGAGACCAUCUCGGAAGAUCCAAAGCCAGAGCCUGUUCGAAGGCCAUUCAAGAAGCCGAAGGCAGAUAUUUCUAGCUGGAUUGGCAGCGAGAAGGGUGUAACUUCAUCCGCAGCCCUUCAAGAUCCCAACAGCAUCCCUUCUGCUGGCGCUGAAGCGCUGGCACAAUCCAUCAAAGUCACUGAAGAUGGGCAAGUGAUUGAUGUGGACGGCAAAGCUGUUGAAGAAGGCACCAUCGUCUAUAUCCGGCAACAGAUGGUAGACCGUGUACUUAAUACAGGAGGAACAAGUGAGAUGGACGAGAAUGAGGACGCAAUGAUGAAGCUCGAUAUCAUCAAGAGCAUCAAGGCUCUGAGUGAUGCUGAAGUCGUAGAAUGGUUCCAGCAGAACAAGGAACUGCUCAACUACAGCGAUUAGACAAUUUAGAUUAUAAGACACUUGCAUCUGUCAUUCUGAGCUUGCGAUUCAUUCUUCGCUGCUAGACUUCAAGUCGUCC